GUUCUACAUUUGAACCUCCAUGCAUUUCAGUUACAUUCAAGCGGUGUUUCUUCAUAGAGUGUAUCAUGAUUCGGGUGUUGAGGAAGAAACUAAGUGUUGGUGUAUUGUUCUGGAUCGUAGUAGCCUUUGGACUAGUGACUCGAUUCAGAUUUAGUACGAUUGAUCCAAGUGACCGUGGCGAGCAACUCAGUGAAACAGAGCGAAAUUAUGAAGAUUCUACUGAACUACCGGAACAUCUCGAAUACCCUUUGCAAACCUUAAACCCCAAACUCCCUACGCCCCCUGGAGACAUGGGAGCUGCCGUGACUCUCGGAAACAUCGACCCAGCUAUGGCAAAGCUUGUCGAAGAAGGUUAUAAUGACCAGGGGUUCAACCAGGUACUGUCUGAUUUGAUAUCGGUUCGACGACGGCUCCCAGAUUAUCGAGACAGCUGGUGCAAACAGCCGGGUCGGUACUUGAAAAACCUUCCGGACACCUCGAUCGUGAUCGUGUUCUACAAUGAAGCCUGGUCAGUGCUAGUGCGGACGGUGCACUCGAUUCUUGAUCGAUCCCCUCCCAAUUUGGUGAGGGAAAUAGUGCUCGUGGAUGAUUUCUCCUUUCUACCUCAUACAAAAACUCAGCUGGAUGAGCACUUCCAAUCGUAUCCAAAGGUACGAAUCCUGCGAGCUGCCAGCCGGUUGGGGUUGAUUCGGGCCAAAAUGCUGGGUGCAUGGAACACGACGGCGCAGAUCAUAACAUUUCUGGAUGCUCACGUUGAGUGCGAAGUUGGUUGGUUGGAGCCUCUCUUGAACCAAGUCGCCCGAAACCCCACCGCCAUAGCAAUUCCGUCGAUGGAUUGGAUCGACGGGGACACGAUGACUCUGGACCCGCAAGUGUCGCAACUGAUAUACGGAAAGUUCGACUGGAUGGGUAACUUUCAGUGGGGACUUCGCAGGGACAGGAGACAACCUCAGGCGAAACAUCCGAUGGAACCAUUUGACUCCCCGGUGAUGCCUGGGGGUUUGUUCGCCAUCAACAGGACGCUCUUCGCCCAUCUGGGUUGGUACGACGAACAGUUUGAGACUUACGGAGCCGAACACUUGGAACUGUCGUUCAAAACGUGGAUGUGCGGUGGCUCCAUGCAGAUCGUUCCCUGCUCCAGGGUAGCUCACGUCCAGAAACCAAACCAUCCUUACAUAACUAAAACUUCGGGAUCGGAAGACGUCAUCAAACGCAACUUGGUUCGCAUGGCCGAAGUGUGGAUGGAUGAAUACGCCCUGUACUAUUACGAAACGUUCGGGGGCCCGGACAAACGUGGCGAUUUCGGAGAUGUAUCUUCGCGAAAGCAACUGAGACAGCACCUGAACUGCAAAUCUUUCCGUUGGUAUUUGGAAAAUGUCUUUCCGGAGCAAUUCGAUCCGUCCAGAGCCGUAGGUCGCGGAGAGUUUCGAAAUGGAGAGAAUGGAACCGAUCGAUGCCUUGACUGGCCACUCGCUCGGAAUCAGUGUGGCGUUACUUCGUGUCACGGCCGUGGUCGUCAUCAGAUGUGGUAUUUCACGAGAGAGGGAGAAAUCACGCGGAAGGAUCACUGUCUGGAUUACGAUGGGAAGACGUUGGAAAUGAAUCGCUGCCAUCAAAUGGGGGGCAACCAGUUGUGGGAAUAUGCAGAAAAGACACAGCAGUUUAGACAUUUCCUUAGCAAGAAAUGUUUGGAGUUCAGCGAAGGAAAGCUGAAUAUGAAAAAGUGUAUGAAGUCUGGUUCAGGACAGAAGUGGAUCAUUCAACAUUACAAUGUUAGUAACUCGAUCAAAGCAAUAAUGAGUUGAUUAAACAUCAAACAUUUAAUAAUUUAUCAGAUUAAUUCGAUACUUCACGAGCUGCGCUCCUUAUAAAUCAUUAUUGAUUCAUUUUCUGAGAGAAACAAAACAUUAGUAUCGAUAUUUGACCAUGCAUCGGAAAUUUAGCCUUGUCCUCGUUCUCGAAUGUUCCUUAAAUAUCGACAUUGAUCGAAAGAUACUUACAGCAUUGACAGUUCCAAUGAUAUUCCUUUCCAUACAUCCCGACUAAUUGCUCGUCAAAUCAACACUUCAGUUCCGAACCAUAUCGGGGAAAAGAAUCAAGGUUGAUAUAUCUACUUCAAAUUGAUUGAAAUUCCCAUUCAAUCCAUUUCCGCGUUUAGAUCCAUUCCGGAAUACCACCUGAUGCAACUCGAUUUCGGAAAUAGUUCUUUGAUGGAACCGGAACAAAGCACUUAUGUUGGAACCUGGUAAACUAAAUUGCAUUGUUAUCGUACUUGUCGUCGUCAUCGUCAUUCCAAUCUCGUCUCGUAAAAUCAAACUGCAUUGCUCUCGACUUGGUUUCGCUUGACAACGAAUCGGAAGGGCACUUUUCCGUCUGCCAAGAUUGGUAACAAUGAAAGUGCCCCGAAAGCUGCCAAGA